AAUAAUUUGAACAUUAUGUUGGAAGAAGAUGCAUUGUCCACCUCUUUCUUUGAACCCUCACAGUUCCAGUCUUCUAUUUCAGCAAGCCCAGAAAUUCCUGAAGUUAGUCAAUCAGCUUCAUUUACUACAGAUUCUUUAAAUAACAUUAAUCCAUGGGAUCCUCCUCAGCUUGAUUUUUCAACUACACGUAUUUUGGGUGUGGUUUUUUUUUUUUAUUAA